CUCCAUUUCUCCUUCCCUACCGCCCCGCGCUUUAACGUUCAACCUGCUGCCAGCGCCGCCUCCUUUGCUCUCUGCGUCGAUUCAAAAUUAUUCGCCGCCGGGGAGAGCAUCGGCGGGUGGAGGCGCAGCCGCAUUCGCCGCAGAUGAACUUUCGUUUGCUCUGCCACAUCGACACUGCCGGCGGCGUCAUCGGGAACAGCGGCGCGCUAAUCAAGCACCUGGAGUGCCAAACGGGAUGCCAGAUCUCAUUCGAGAAGCCGCUCUUCAAUUGCGCCGAGCGAGUCAUCAAUGUAAUCGGAGACGCGUCGGCGGCUGAGACGAAUUUCUCGGCGAGCGAGGAUGUGUCUGCGGCGGCGCGCGGUACCGCUGCGCAGGAGGGUUUGUUUAGGGUUUUUGAGAGGAUUUUGGAGUUGGAAGGGAAGGUUUGCCACGGGGAGGGAGCAGUGGGGUGCAGAUUGCUUUGCCAGUCUUUUCAAGUCAAGGCGCUGAUAGGGAAAAGAGGAAGAACGAUUGAUGCUAUCAGGAGGAUCUCUGGAGCUAAGAUUAAGGUUCUGAACAAGGAACAUCUUCCAGAUUGUGCCAGCACAGACGAGGAGUUGGUUCAGAUCAUGGGCGGAAUUCUGUCUGUGAAGAGAGCACUAGUUCAUGUAUCUCAAUGCCUUCAAGAUUGUGCUAUGGGAAGAAGACCAAUGAACAUGCCUUCUGCGGUGCUACGAAAUGAAAACCAUGUUGACUUUUCUUCUCACCCGUCUUCGUUAAUGCCAUCUUCUCUGCAUAGUGCUUUUGAAAAAUUUUCAAUUGGACAUACAGUCUCAAAUAAUGAUGACAGAGUUCUUAAGCCAGAUGAAGAGAACACUAAGCAUAAGGUGUCUUUUAGGUUGCUAUGUGCUCUGAACUCAGGUAGAGGUGUGGGAGACUUGCCUGCCACUACCAUCCAUGCUUUGGAGAAAGAGACCGGUGCUUCUAUAAGUUUUUCUCCUCCGGUACAUGGGUCCCAAUACCGUGUUGUCAUGAUAUCUUCAUUAGAGCAAAUAGAUCCGUUGUAUCCAUAUGCUCAAAUGGCUGUAAUUCGAGUUUUUGAGAAAUACAUGGAGGAAUGCAUAUUAGUUUCAGGUUUACGCAAGGGGGCAACUGUAACUGCGAAGAUCGUAGUUACAUCAGAUGAGCUGAAAUGCAUGGGUGACCGAAAAGGACAAGUUGGGGCAGAUAUAAGUUCCACAUCUGGUGUUGAAAUACAGCUAACAUCUGAGGAGCUACCCCAGAAUUUUUUAGCAGAGAACGAUAAAGUGAUCCAGAUUGUUGGGGAGUAUCUCAGUGUAAAGAUUGCUCUAUUUCAAGUUACUGCUAAGCUACGGCAGAAUUUCUUCUCAAGCUUGGUUUCCGGGGGUGUAAAAUCUAACAAACAGUAUCGAAGCGCUUCUUCAAUGUCUAAAAGCAGUCACAACGUCACACAGUUAAAUUCGGCUCCGCAACCGUAUCACAUAUCUGACCUUUCUACCCCUGCUGCGAAGAAACACCUCAGAUUUAUCCCCAACCUUGGAGGUCCUCAUAAGCUGCUGAACAAGCAGAUCAAUGGCAGUGCGGAUGCAAAUGGGGCAACAUAUAGAACUGAUGAAGUUGUGGUUCCAGCACACAAGUUUGAAAUGGUAUAUGGCUUGGAAGGUACCAACCUCCUCAUGUUGAAACAGAGCUCGGGUGCUGAGGUCACAGUGCAAGAUCCACAGCAAGGGGAAACCAGUGGAAAAGUGAUGAUCUCGGGGACAUCAGAGCAAAUUUUAGUCGCAAAAAUUUCAAUGGAAAGCAUAAAGAACUCUCCUUUUAACGAUGCACCUAAAGAAGACUUUAUUAGCCAGCUAUCGGACGAUAUUCUUGCUUCAAUUCUUUCCCGCACGCCUACAAAAUUCGCCAUAACGACAAGCGUUUUGUCCAAGCGAUGGAAGAAGACCCUCGAGCUUAGGGGAGUCAAGAUUCUUCCUGGUUCAUUGGAGUCCGUUUUGUCUGCUUGUUUGAGCCUUCGCACGUUGUUCAUUGGCAAAUGUGAAGCGCCUUUCAAGUUGUGCUUCGGUGGCCCCACGUCAGGGGAUCUCAAACUCGAGAAUCUUAUAGUUGAAAAUUGUUGCGGCAUAGAGGAGAUUGAGAUAUAUGCCAAGGAUCUCAUAACAUUGGAGUUUCAAGACAAUAGAAUGGUUAGAUUUGUGUUUGGGCAUGCUCCAAGGUUGCAAAGUGUAUAUCUUUCCAUAGAAAGUGAAGAUAUCUUGGCCUAUGUGUUUGGAGGAUUCACUAAAAAUCUGCCUAGCCUUGAAUCCUUAACUUUGGAUUCUAAAUGUGGCUUUUAUGAGGAGAGCAGGAGACUAAUGAGGAUUGGAGGGAUUGAGAAAUUGAAGAAUCUUAGGAGAUUAGAGUUGAAUUUGGUUUGCACCCCUAAUACUGAUCUGCUUGCACUUGAUCUGUUUUUGCAAAAUUGCCCUCUCCUACAAGAGUUGCACCUUGUCUCAAAGUCUCCUCCAAUUAAAGGCCUUGCAUGUCUUGCAAAAUCGGGAGAUGGAGGUGCGAAAGGGGUCGAAUGUCUUCAUUGUCACCCAAACUUGAAGAAGGCGAGUUUCAGCGGGUUCGAGGGAACGGAAAAUGAGAUGAAUUUUUCUUUGUAUAUAUUGAGAAGUGCAGUGGGACUAGAGGAAAUGGUGAUCAAUAGGUGUGGGAAGCAUUACAUGGGAUAUGGAAGGUGGAAGAAUGUGAGCAAAGAGCCAUGGAGUGAAGAGACUCAUCAAAUGAUUCAGAAUCAGUUGCUUGCCCAUGGUCUUGGUUAUGGAUCUCUUCUAGUCCAUAUUCACAAUGCAUCUUAAUUUGGAUCAUAUGUGUGGGAAGGUUGGGAUGAAAAGUAAAAUAAGAGUUUUGAUGACUUUAGAAAUAAUUAGUUUGUAUAACU